AUGAAUGACAGAAGCAGAAAGGGAGCCUUCGUUCUUCAGCAAGGUAGCGCGGCCGUACAACGAGGGCCUGUUGACCAUUCACACUUCCCGACAGCUUUCCCUUACUCGACUGACGACUAUUCUGUUCAGUUCCGGAAAGGUCAACCAUUCCGCGUUACCGGAGGCCAAGAAGAGUUGUGGUUGUGGACUUGUUCUGGACAGCGGUUCAGUCAAUGUGUCACGACCCCCACCACACUCACUCGUGUCUUUUUGCUAUUUGCCCUUUCUUUUGUAUUCACGAGACGCGGCGACAGAGUUCACCCUGAAGUCGAGGUUAUCUAUAUGUCUUCUAGCCCUACUUUCAUCUCAUGCGUAUCGGUGAAUGAUUCAGAGCCUGACGUUCCAAUCGCGGUACAAUGUAGUGAAUCCUCCAACAGCGGGCCCAGUCAUAUCGAACUGCUGAUCAAAGCUGCAAUGCGUGGUUUGGAGGGACUUUUCGUGAUAUUGCGCCUUUCUCCGGAGAAGAGAAAAAUUGCCUUGUACUUUUUGGUGCCAUUCUUCCCUGGAGAUACAGAUGAACUCUCUUUUACGUGUGUCGACUUCCGCCCCCAGGUUAAUGUAUGUAUCGAUAGCAAGACAUUAGUCGCGGGCAUGGUGCUCUGUUCCAUUGGAAAGACAUUGUCUGAUGGUGUUCCCAUCGCCUUGACUAUUUUUGUCUUUGAGGUUGCUUGCUGCUCCAACCAAGACACCAGUAUUAAUGCCGCGGAUACGGCUGGUUCAGUCUCGAUAGGUUAUUCUCAGGCAGCCGAUUACAUGAAACAGACUUCAAGAUUGAAGUCCGUACAGAUUGGUAGCAAAGAUUUGACGAAGAGCUUAUCUAUGGUCGUUUCUCCGGAAUAUGACUCAAUUUUUGUUGCUGCUACAAAUCUUACAUCUCAGAUGCAAAGCUUACGAACCUCGACGACUUUCGAGAUCAGGACCGAGAGAAGUCGCCUACUGGGCGACGAGGGACCGUUGAAAGCGUACGAGAAGGCACUGGGCUGCUUCGAAGCCUGUAGUCAGAGACAAACCAUCAACGCCAGUGUCGGAACCGCAGUUGCCGUCGACGGGGCGGAAUUUCUUGCAUUAUUUCUACUGUCGCCGGACACCAUAUCCUCUUUCUUACGCCUGGCGCUGGCAUCCAUCUAA